AUGAUGCACUGUGGGAAAAGACAUAUAUGUGCUAUAGUUGCAUGUAUCCUUGUAUUUGGAAGCAUUUUAAUCUGCUCCUGGAAAGGUACUUAUCUACAGAGUAAUAUCAUUAGAAAAAUCUUCCUCCAAGAAAAAAAUGGCAGACCAGCAGGUUGCUUUUGUAGAGGAAAACCUGCUCAAAGUGUCAUAACACCCUUAAAAGAUAACAAAACUUUUAUCAUUGCCCCGUACUUUGAUGGCAGAGAAAGCAAGGUCACCCGUGUGAUUGGAAUUGUUCAUCAUGAAGAUGUAAAGGAACUUUACUGCUGGUUCUGCUGCCAGCCUCAUGGUGAAAUACAGACGACCAAUGCAGAAAUUGAUGUUCACUCAGAUAGAUUUGGAUUCCCUUAUGGUACAGCAGACAUAGUUUGUUUGGAACCACCAAACUGUGAUCCAACACAUGUGUCAAUCCACUGGUCCCCACAUGGAAAUAUUGACCAGCUGCCAAGGUUUGAAAUUAAAAACCGCAAAGCCGAGGCCUUUUCUGUUGACUUCACCGUAUGCAUCUCUGCCAUGUUUGGAAAUUACAACAAUGUCUUACAGUUUAUACAGAGCAUGGAGAUGUAUAAGAUUCUUGGGGUGCAGAAAGUGGUGAUCUACAAGAACAGCUGCAGCCAGCUGAUGGAGAAAGUCCUGAAGUUUUAUAUGGAAGAAGGAACCAUAGAGAUAAUUCCCUGGCCAAUAAAUUCACACCUCAAGGUUUCCACUAAAUGGCAUUUUUCUAUGGAUGCCAAAGAUAUCGGCUACUAUGGCCAAAUCACAGCCCUGAAUGACUGUGUAUAUCGUAAUAUGCUGAGGAGCAAGUUUGUGGUUCUUAAUGAUGCUGAUGAAAUAAUUCUUCCCCUUAAGCACCCAGACUGGAAAACAAUGAUGAGAAGUCUUCAAGAACAAAACCCAGGGACUGGCGUUUUUCUCUUUGAGAAUCAUAUUUUCCCUAAAACCAUAUCCACCCACACGUUCAACAUUUCAUCUUGGAAUACUGUGCCAGGUGUUAACAUACUGCAGCAUGUUCACAGGGAACCUGACAGGAAAAAUGUAAUCAAUCCCAAAAAAAUGAUAGUUGAUCCAAGAAAGGUGGUUCAGACUUCAGUUCACUCAGUUCUACAUGCUUAUGGGAACAGUGUGAGUGUUCCUGUGGAUGUUGCACUUGUUUAUCAUUGUCGGGUGCCCCUCCAAGGAAACCUUCCCCGAGAGUCCCUCAUCAGGGAUACAACGCUGUGGAGGUAUAACUCAUCAUUAAUCAUGAAUGUUAACAAAGUGUUAUAUCAAACAGUGCUGUAAGGUCAAAAGUG